AUGUUUCCCAGACCCCAAGUCCUGUCCCCCCCCCCCCCAUUACCAAUGUUUCCCAGACCCCAAGUCCUGUCCCCCCCUUUACCAAUGUUUCCCGACCCCAAGUCCUGUCCCCCCCAUUACCAAUGUUUCCCAGACCCCAAGUCCUGUCCCCCCCCAUUACCAAUGUUCCCCAGACCCCAAGUCCUGUCCCCCCCUUUACCAAUGUUCCCCAGACCCCAAGUCCUGUACCCCCCCUUUACCAAUGUUUCCCAGACCCCAAGUCCUGUCCCCCCCUUUACCAAUGUUUCCCAGACUCCAAGUCCUGUCCCCCCCAUUACCAAUGUUUCCCGGACCCCAAGUCCUGCCCCCCCCCAUUACCAAUGUUCCCCAGACCCCAAGUCCUGUCCCCCCCUUUACCAAUGUUCCCCAGACCCCAAGUCCUGUCCCCCCCCCUUUACCAAUGUUUCCCAGACCCCAAGUCCUGUCCCCCCCUUUACCAAUGUUUCCCAGACUCCAAGUCCUGUCCCCCCCUUUACCAAUGUUUCCCAGACCCCAAGUCCUGUCCCCCCCGUUUACCAAUGUUUCCCGACCCCAAGUCCUGUCCCCCCCAUUACCAAUGUUUCCCAGACCCCAAGUCCUGUCCCCCCCAUUACCAAUGUUUCCCAGACCCCAAGUCCUGUCCCCCCCUUUACCAAUGUUUCCAAUGUCCUGUCCCCCCCUUUACCAAUGUUUCCCAUGUCCUGUCCCCCCCCUUUACCAAUGUUUCCCAGUCCCCAAGUACUGUCCCCCCCUUUACCAAUGUUUCCAAUGUCCUGUCCCCCCCUUUACCAAUGUUUCCCAUGUCCUGUCCCCCCCUUUACCAAUGUUUCCCAGACCCCAAGUCCUGUCCCCCCCUUUACCAAUGUUUCCAAUGUCCUGUCCCCCCCUUUACCAAUGUUUCCCAUGUCCUGUCCCCCCCUUUACCAAUGUUUCCCAGACCCCAAGUCCUGUCCCCCCCUUUACCAAUGUUUCCAAUGUCCUGUCCCCCCCUUUACCAAUGUUUCCCAUGUCCUGUCCCCCCCUUUACCAAUGUUUCCCAGACCCCAAGUCCUGUCCCCCCCUUUACCAAUGUUUCCAAUAUCCUGUCCCCCCCUUUACCAAUGUUUCCAAUGUCCUGUCCCCCCCUUUACCAAUGUUUCCCAGACCCCAAGUCCUGUCCCCCCCUUUACCAAUGUUUCCAAUGUCCUGUCCCCCCCUUUACCAAUGUUUCCCAUGUCCUGUCCCCCCCUUUACCAAUGUUUCCCAGACCCCAAGUCCUGUCCCCCCCCUUACCAAUGUUUCCAAUGUCCUGUCCCCCCCUUUACCAAUGUUUCCAAUGUCCUGUCCCCCCCUUUACCAAUGUUUCCAAUGUCCUGUCCCCCCCUUUACCAAUGUUUCCAAUGUCCUGUCCCCCCCUUUACCAAUGUUUCCCAUGUCCUGUCCCCCCCUUUACCAAUGUUUCCCAUGUCCUGUCCCCCCCUUUACCAAUGUUUCCCAAGUCCUGUCCCCCCCUUUACCAAUGUUUCCCAGACCCCAAGUCCUGUCCCCCCCCUUUACCAAUGUUUCCCAGACCCCAAGUCCAGUCCACCAUUUUGUUCCCCCUCAGCCCUCCUGACCUCCCUCAUGAUGAAGAUUGUUUCAGUCCACCAUUUUGUUCCUCCUGACCUCCCUCAUGAUGAAGACUGUUUCAGUCCACCAUGUUGUUCCCCCUCAGCCCUCCUGACCUCCCUCAUGAUGAAGGCUGUUUCAGUCCACCAUUUUGUUCCCCCUCAGCCCUCCUGACCUCCCUCAUGAUGAAGGCUGUUUCAGUCCACCAUUUUGUUCCCCCUCAGCCCUCCUGACCUCCCUCAUGAUGAAGAUUGUUUCAGUCCACCAUGUUGUUCCUCCUGACCUCCCUCAUGAUGAAGGCUGUUUCAGUCCACCAUUUUGUUCCCCCUCAGCCCUCCUGACCUCCCUCAUGAUGAAGAUUGUUUCAGUCCACCAUGUUGUUCCUCCUGACCUCCCUCAUGAUGAAGGCUGUUUCAGUCCACCAUUUUGUUCCCCCUCAGCCCUCCUGACCUCCCUCAUGAUGAAGAUUGUUUCAGUCCACCAUGUUGUUCCUCCUGACCUCCCUCAUGAUGAAGGCUGUUUCAGUCCACCAUUUUGUUCCCCCUCAGCCCUCCUGACCUCCCUCAUGAUGAAGAUUGUUUCAGUCCACCAUGUUGUUCCCCCUCAGCCCUCCUGACCUCCCUCAUGAUGAAGGCUGUUUCAGUCCACCAUUUUGUUCCCCCUCAGCCCUCCUGACCUCAUCUCUCAUCUCUCUGCUGAUUUAGUUGUCGUCACAACAGAGCCAUUGUGACACAGGGUAUUGAUGAUCGUCAAACAACAGUUUGUUUUAUGAGAUGUGAGUACCCUAAUCAAUACAAUCAUCAAUCAUGCAAAUAUCCGCCAUUGAUUAAUGCCGUAUCUUUUUAACUGUAUCCGUUUGAUUUAUGAUUGUAGAUAUAAUUUGUUUUAAAAUAAAGAGCUUUAGUCUGUGAACAACUUGUCCAUUUGUAAAAGGCUGAUGUGGAAAAAGGACCCUCAUUAUUAGACUGCCUGAGGCUCUGUAGGAUGUGUCUCUGGAGAUUAUUAGACUCCCUGAGGGUCUGUAGGAUGUGUCUCUGGAGAUUAUUAGACUCCCUGAGGAUCUGUAGGAUGUGUCUCUGGAGAUUAUUAGACUGCCUGAGGCCCUGUAGGAUGUGUCUCUGGAGACUCCCAGAGGGUCUGUAGGAUGUGUCUGGAGACAUGCUAUCUGGAGAUUAUUAGACUCCCUGAGGCUCUGUAGGAUGUGUCUCUGGAGAUGAUUAGACUCCCUGAGGCUCUGUAGGAUGUGUCUCUGGAGAUUAUUAGACUCCCUGAGGCUCUGUAGGAUGUGUCUCUGGAGAUUAUUAGACUGCCUGAGGCUCUGUAGGAUGUGUCUCUGGAGAUUAUUAGACUCCCUGAGGCUCUGUAGGAUGUGUCUCUGGAGAUGAUUAGACUCCCUGAGGCUCUGUAGGAUGUGUCUCUGGAGAUUAUUAGACUCCCUGAGGCUCUAUAGGAUGUGUCUCUGGAGACAUGCUAUCUGGAGAUGAUUAGACUCCCUGAGGCUCUGUAGGAUGUGUCUCUGGAGAUUAUUAGACUCCCUGAGGAUCUGUAGGAUGUGUCUCUGGAGAUGAUUAGACUCCCUGAGGGUCUGUAGGAUGUGUCUCUGGAGACAUGCUAUCUGGAGAUGAUUAGACUCCCUGAGGCUCUGUAGGAUGUGUCUCUGGAGAUUAUUAGACUCCCUGAGGCUCUGUAGGAUGUGUCUCUGGAGAUUAUUAGACUCCCUGAGGGUCUGUAGGAUGUGUCUCUGGAGAUUAUUAGACUGCCUGAGGCCCUGUAGGAUGUGUCUCUGGAGACUGCCUGAGGCUCUGUAGGAUGUGUCUCUGGAGAUUAUUAGGAAUAGGAAUAGGGUGCCAUAGGGUCCUGGUCUAAAGUAGUGCACUAUAUAGGGAAUAGGGCUCUGGUCUAAAGUAGUGCACUAUAUAGGGAAUAGGGUGCCAUAGGGCUCUGGUUUAAAGUAGUGCACUAUAUAGGGAAUAGGGCUCUGGUCUAAAGUAGUGCACUAUAUAUAGGGAAUAGGGUGCCAUAGGGCUCUGGUCUAAAGUAGUGCACUAUAUAUAGGGAAUAGGGUGCCAUAGGGCUCUGGUUUAAAGUAGUGCACUAUAGAGGGAAUAGGGCUCUGGUUUAAAGUAGUGCACUAUAUAGGGAAUAGGGCUCCAUAGGGCUCUGGUCUAAAGUAGUGCACUAUAUAGGGAAUAGGGCUCCAUAGGGCUCUGGUCUAAAGUAGUGCACUAUAUAUAGGGAAUAGGGAGUCAUAGGGCUCUGGUCUAAAGUAGUGCACUAUAUAGGGAAUAGGGCUCCAUAAGGCUCUGGUCUAAAGUAGUGCACUAUAUAGGGAAUAGGGCUCCAUAGGGCUCUGGUCUAAAGUAGUGCACUAUAUAGGGAAUAGGGUGCCAUAGGGCUCUGGUCUAUAGUAGUGCACUAUAUAUAACAAAAAUAAAUAUAUUAUUUCACCUUUAUUUAACCAGGUAGGCCAGUUGAGAAGAAGUUCUCAUUUACAACUGCGACCUGGCCAAGAAUAAAGCAAAGCAGUUCGACACAAACAACAACACAGAGUUAAACAUGGAAUAAACAAACAUACAGUCAAUAAUACAAUAGAAAAAAGUAUAUAUACAGUGAGUGCAAAUGAGGUGAGAUAAGGGAGGUAAGGCAAUAAAUAGGCCAUAGUGGCGAAAUAAUUACAAUAUAGCAAUUAAACACUGGAGUGAUAGAUGUGCAGAAGAUGAGCUCCGUUAGACUAUCCUACCAAUCACUGGAGAAUAAACUGGAUGAGCUCCGUUAGAGACUAUCCUACCAAUCACUGGAGAAUAAACUGGAUGAGCUCCGUUAGAGACUAUCCUACCAAUCACUGGAGAAUAAACUGGAUGAGCUCCGUUAGAGACUAUCCUACCAAUCACUGGAGAAUAAACUGGAUGAGCUCCGUUAGAGACUAUCCUACCAAUUGUACGUUUGUUAAUAGAACGGAGGGGAGAGGCAGGUUAUUUUUUUUCUUAAGUAGUUUCGUCGGGGUGCCCGCACUUCGGCCUCUCAAGCAGUCUUUUCCUUUUAUGAGUCUUUGGGAUCAGGGCCCGGUCCAGUCUUUGGGAUCGGGGCCCGGUCCAGUCUCUGGGAUCGGGGCCCGGUCCAGUCUCUGGGAUCGGGGCCCGGUCCAGUCUCUGGGAUCGGGGCCCGGUCCAGUCUCUGGGAUCGGGGCCCGGUCCAGUCUCUGGGAUCGGGGCCCGGUCCAGUCUCUGGGAUCGGGGCCCGGUCCAGUCUCUGGGAUCGGGGCCCGGUCCAGUCUCUGGGAUCGGGGCCCGGUCCAGUCUCUGGGAUCGGGGCCCGGUCCAGUCUCUGGGAUCGGGGCCCGGUCCAGUCUCUGGGAUCGGGACCCGGUCCAGUCUUUGGGAUCGGGACCCGGUCCAGUCUUUGGGAUCGGGGCCCGGUCCAGUCUUUGGGAUCGGGGCCCGGUCCAGUCUUUGGGAUCGGGGCCCGGUCCAGUCUUUGGGAUCGGGGCCCGGUCCAGUCUCUGGGAUCGGGGCCCGGUCCAGUCUCUGGGAUCGGGGCCCGGUCCAGUUUCUGGGAUCGGGGCCCGGUCCAGUCUCUGGGAUCGGGGCCCGGUCCAGUCUCUGGGAUCGGGGCCCGGUCCAGUCUCUGGGAUCGGGGCCCGGUCCAGUCUCUGGGAUCGGGGCCCGGUCCAGUCUCUGGGAUCGGGAUCGGGGCCCGGUCCAGUUUCUGGGAUCGGGAUCGGGGCCCGGUCCAGUUUCUGGGAUCGGGGCCCGGUCCAGUCUCUGGGAUCGGGAUCAGGGCCCGGUCCAGUCUCUGGGAUCGGGGCCCGGUCCAGUCUUUGGGAUCAGGGGCCCGGUCCAGUCUCUGGGAUCAGGGGCCCGGUCCAGUCUCUGGGAUCGGGGCCCGGUCCAGAGUGAGCAGUAUGUCCUGCGCUGCCGACUCCUUGAAGUAGAAAUCAUCAUCCAAAUGAAGGUUAGUGAUCUCUGUUCUGAUGUCCAGAAGGUAUUUUCAGUCAUAGUAAACAAUGGCGGUAACAUUAUGUAUGUAUAUAAAAAUAGCAGAAUUGGUCAUGAGUCCGUAAAUCGGCAGAUAUCCAUUGCAGCAGUCUGAUCCUUGACGUAUUAUAUCCUGUUCAUUUUUUAUUGUAGUAUUUAUUUGACUGAAGUCAGAAGAAAAGUGGGACACUUAGGAUUUCCAUCUUCUGUAACCUCUGCAGACACACUGAGUGAACAAAACAUUAAGGACACCUUCCUAGUAUUGAGUUGCACCCCACUUUUGCCCUCACAACAGCCUCAAUUCUUCGGGACAUGGACUCUACAAGGUGUGGAAAGCGUUCCACAGGGAUGCUGUCCCGUGUUGACUUCAAUGCUUCCCACAGUUUUGUCCUUUGGGUGUUGACAAACGAACAUUGUUGCAGUUCGUGACACUCAAACCGGUGUGCCUGGUACCUACGACCAAUUAUUGAAAGAUGUUUUUAAAUGUGUCUCAAAUUGUCUUUAUAAUGUGUUAUUUUGCAUAAUAAACCUGAUUUGAUUAAAAUUA